CGCGGGGAGAAAGACACUGGAAGGCGGCGGGGCGGAGAGAGGCGCGCGCGGGCCGCGGCCGAGCAGGAGGCUGCAAGGAGAGCCCGCGGGGGCCCUGCGAGUGCAGUUCCUCAGCCCCCGCAAAACAAUGUGUGGCGUGCUGCGGGGCGCAACUUGCCGGAGGCGGCGGGGGCGCGCCGAGCCCGCCUGAGACCGCGCCGCUGACCUUCUCCCCCCGCCGUCCGUUGGGCCCGAGCGCCCAGCUUCUCGCUCCCCAGCUCGCGGGGGCCGGGCCGAGCUGCAGGGCGGGGCCGCCCCUCCGUCGCUGCUGCCUCCUCCCCCACCCCCAGCCGCUGAGGAUGCGGACGGCCCCCGGCGGCGUCUAGCGGCCCCGGGCCCAGGCGCGAUGGUGCAGCAGCGGGGCGCGAGGGCCAAGCGGGACGGCGGGCCACCGCCCCCGGGGCCCGGGCCGGCCGAGGAGGGGGCGCGUGAGCCCGGCUGGUGCAAGACCCCGAGCGGCCACAUUAAGAGACCGAUGAACGCGUUCAUGGUGUGGUCGCAGCACGAACGGCGGAAGAUCAUGGACCAGUGGCCCGACAUGCACAACGCCGAGAUCUCCAAGCGCCUGGGCCGCCGCUGGCAGCUGCUGCAGGACUCGGAGAAGAUCCCGUUCGUGCGGGAGGCGGAGCGGCUGCGCCUCAAGCACAUGGCGGAUUACCCGGACUACAAGUACCGGCCGCGCAAAAAGAGCAAGGGGGCGCCCGCCAAGGCGCGGCCCCGCCCCCCCGGCGGCGGCGGCAGCCGGCUCAAGCCCGGGCCGCAGCUGCCUAGCCGCGGGGGCCGCCGAGCGGCGGGAGGGCCUUUGGGGGGCGGCGCGGCGGCGCCCGAGGACGACGACGAGGACGACGACGAGGAGCUGCUGGAAGUGCGCCUGGUGGAGACCCCCGGGCGGGAGCUGUGGAGGAUGGUCCCGGCGGGGCGGGCCGCCCGGGGACAAGCGGAGCGUUCCCAGGGGCCGUCGGGCGAGGGUGCGGCUGUCACCGCCGCCUCCCCGACUCCGUCGGAGGACGAGGAGCCGGAGGAAGAGGAGGAGGAGGCGGCGGCGACGGAGGAAGGCGAAGAGGAGACGGUGGCGUCGGGGGAGGAGCCGCUGGGCUUUCUGUCCAGACUGCCCCCCGGCCCCGCCGGCCUGGACUGCAGCGCCCUGGACCGCGACCCAGACCUGCCGCCCCCCUCGGGCACGUCGCACUUCGAGUUCCCGGACUACUGCACCCCCGAGGUUACCGAGAUGAUCGCAGGGGACUGGCGCCCGUCUAGCAUCGCCGACCUGGUUUUCACCUACUGAGCCCACCGUCAGCGGGGCGCGCACGCCCCCUAAACCAGCUGUUUACAUACAGGAAUCAGGUAUUGGGGCCCCUCGGAGGCCGAGGCUGGCACCCCAUCUCCCGCACAGCCUCCCCCCUCCUAGACGUGCCCAACCCCCUUCAAAUCCAGACAUGCCCUUCCCCCGCAGACACACCCCAAGGCAGCCCAACCCCCACCCUUUCUCCUACAUCCAAGCCCCUCCCCAUCUUACCCCCUCCCGCACAGCCACCAGCAGCCAGCCCCCCCUCCGAUACACCUCCCGUCCUCUCCAAGAGACCUGUACCCCUCCCCCAUUUUGCACACGCCCUUCCUCACGGCCGGAGGACACGCCCCUGCCCUUGCUCCGGACUCCCUCCGCCUUAGCCUGGCCCGCCUCCUGUCUUGUUUGGGGGGGGCGCUGCAGCUGGGCGGCCCCGCGCCCUCCUCCCUUGCCCCUCCCUCCCAGGGAGGGGGAGGGGCCCUCUCCUUUUCCCCGGGAACACUGGGAUCCGCCCCCUUCUCGCGCAUGCUUAAUGCUUCUUGGGAGGAGGGAGCUGGUCCCAGUCGAUCCUCACGCCCCUGUCAGAUCCAGGAAGAAGGGGGGCGGAUAUAGAGCGAUCCUGAGAAAUCUUUUGAUCCAGGAGCCACGGCUUCCGUUCAACCCGACGGGGCGUCACUGCCUUAAAUGGGAGGAGCACUCGGAAGGGGGAGAAAGAGACUAGCCGGCCCGGAAGGGUUGGUGUGGAGCUUGGAACUCCCAAGUGGCAUAGCCCCUCUUCCCUUACGGGGUCGCCCAACCCACGUGCACCCACCCCUUACCGACUGCAUGACUGCCUCUACAGCUUGUCUGGGUUCCAAGAAGCCUACCUUUCUUUCCCCCACCUGGGAAUUGGGGGCAGGGUCUUUCUCUGGAAAUCCUUCAGGAGAGAAAAAGAAAACUCAGAACCAAGACACGUAACAGUUUGUUUGGGGACAGGGUCCUUAUGCUCCACCCCACCCCCACCCCCCGAAGUGCCCUUAUCACCUCAGGGCACACUCCCAGCCUGGGCUCCUUCCUAAGCCCACCGCCCUUUCCUGUCACCCAGGUCCCUCUGCCUACAGUAUUCAGUGGGAGAAACUGAGACACGUUGGUACUAGGGGGUUGAGACUGAGGCGUAAUAGCAGAUGAAGUGGCAAGAAGAGCCCCACUUUUCAGCAGCUGGCUUCAGAGAGACCAUCGACUGGGCCAGUGAGACUGAAGGGAGGGUCAGAGUAGUCUUGGGCCGUUUGCGCCUAGCGCUGCUGCAUCCAGUUCGGGGUGCCCUCGGAAACCCUGCCCCUGAUGCUGUUACCCCUCUUACUCCAGCUCCCCGCUCAAGCUCCGCCCCUCCGGCCUCCCCACGCCCCAUUUGCCCUCACUACCUGUAUCUCACCGGCGUGUGUUCACCCUCCUGGGUGUGCACACACUCUCAUUCACACACACAAAUCUCAGGAACAAACGGUCCCAGAGUCCUCCGGGACCCCUGCCCAGGGUCUCUGCAGGUCUCUGCCCCACGCGUUCCCGUCGCUGACAAAGCCACCAGCUGCCUCCUUUAAGCUUGGUGCUCCGGCUCUGGGCCUUUUUGCGCGCGCUCUCUUUUUCUCUUUCUCUCUCUCUCUUUCUUUUUCUUUCUUUUUUUUUU